AUGCUCCCCGAAGCACCUAAGGCGCGAAUCGACGUGGCGCCCUCACCUUCACAGCGACGGAGUAUCAGCGACAUCGGUAGGCCAGCAACCACGCAUUUGCGCACACUGGCGCAUUUCCGUGAUGCCCUUCUCGCCACGGGCAUUCGGAUUGCCACAGGCAGAAGGCACCAGAUUCGAGCGCAUCUGCGAUUUCGUGGGCACCCGUCUGUCGCUGAUGCAAGAUAUGCCUGCCGAAAUGUGUGCUUCCUGCUUACCGACCCGGCGACAUAG